AUGUCAGACUCCACCAAUUUCGUCAACCAGGCAACCCCACAGAACUCCCAGGGCCAAGAAGCAUCGGAAUCGAACAAGACUCCACUACCCCUUCCAGCACCUACAGCAGAAGAUGGUGUCACGCAAGUCAAUGUUGGUGGUCAAGCGGUAAAGCUAGACCACAUGGGCCCUCUGGUAGUCAACAAAGAUGGCACCCUGUCGCGAAUUUCAAACUGGAAUGAAAUGGCGGAUAUUGAGAAGCAGAACACGUUGAGGAUCCUAGUCAAGCGGAACCAAUUAAGGACAGAAGCUUUGAAGGAGCAACAGGGAGGAGAGGGAGGGGGAGCUUAA